CAGCUCAGUGGCAUUUUGCCUGCAUGUUCCCUCACCCAGGCAUGCACCCAGGCAGUGCUCGACUUGAUUUAUCAUCAUGUUCCAGCACACCAUCCCACGUGCACUGGAUUUUCUUGAGAAAAGGCAGAGCUCUGAGCAAAGCCGCCUGCCACCAUGGUGCACUGGUCAGCCGAAGAGAAGCAGCUCAUCACCAGCAUCUGGAGCAAGAUCAAUGUGGAGGAAUGCGGUGCCGAGGCCCUGGCCAGGCUGCUGAUCGUCUACCCCUGGACCCAGAGGUUCUUUGAUAACUUUGGGAACCUCUCCAGCCCCACCGCCAUCCUUGGCAACCCCAAGGUCCGCGCCCAUGGCAGGAAAGUGCUCACCUCCUUCGGGGAAGCCAUCAAGAACCUGGACAACAUUAAGGCGACCUAUGCCAAGCUGUCCGAGCUGCACUGCGAGAAGCUGCACGUGGACCCUGAGAACUUCAGGCUCCUUGGAGACAUCCUCAUCAUUGUCCUGGCUUCCCACUUCGCCAGGGAUUUCACCCCUGCUUGCCAGUUUGCCUGGCAAAAGCUGGUCAGUGUCGUGGCUCACGCUCUGGCCCGCAAGUACCACUGAGCGUCCCGGGACCGGUUGUGCGAGGAAGAGUCCCUGCUCUGCCACAAGCAGCCCUGAGCACGGGGAGAUGCCCUUUGCGUACUGACAGGCUGUAACCACCGAAUAAAUACCUCCCAGCACCAUGUCUGCAGAGUCUCCCUGUCUCUGUGCUGGGGAAAGUGGGGGGGCAGGUGGGUUUGUGCUGUCGAAUGCAAUGCCGUCCGUGUGUGGGUGUUAUGUCUUGUUUCUAAGGGCUGCUGCGGGCGGUUUCCUUAACUUUACAGUGCUCUCUCAUGUGCGUGCCCUGCCAGUGCAUGCAUGGGGGUCUGUGAAGAGAAAAACCCAUGCAGAGGGCUCUGACACCCCGGGGUGUUUCAGAGAGGGUCAUAGGAAUAAUGAGGGAUUGCAAAGAAUCCACAUUUGUUCUCCCAGCUCUACGUUACUGUGAAAUCAGAUGAAGCCAGCGCUGUGCAGAGCACAGAGCUCCCAGCCAAGCUGUUGCUGCAGUCAGGGAGCUGGCAUCUGCCUUGCCCUGCUCUGGGGCUGGGGAUGCACACUCUCC